AUGAAAUUCAAUCCUAGGGUUUCUUCGAGCCGGCGCAAGAGCCGCAAGGCACACUUCACGGCGCCGUCGAGCGUCCGCCGCGUGCUGAUGAGCGCGCCGCUAUCCACCGAUCUCCGGUCGAAAUACAAUGUGCGGUCCAUUCCGGUUCGGAAGGACGACGAGGUGCAAGUGGUGAGGGGGACCUACAAGGGCCGGGAGGGCAAGGUAGUGCAGGUUUAUCGCCGCAAGUGGGUCAUCCACAUUGAGCGAAUCACGCGUGAGAAGGUGAACGGCUCCACCGUCAACGUCGGCAUUCACCCUUCAAAGGUCGUCGUCACAAAGCUGCGAAUGGACAAGGACCGUAAAUCCUUGCUCGACCGCAAGGCCAAGGGUCGCGCUGCUGCCGACAAGGAAAAGGGUACAAAGUUCGCUCCUGAGGAUAUCAUGCAGACCGUUGAUUAG